CUGCGCACUUGAAAUAACUUGCAAUAAGUAUCAUGAAAAUGUCUUUCUUGUGCUUUCAACUCGCGUUACUCUUUUACGUUUUCUCUGCCUCAGAUGCUCGUCUCUUUUCAAGGGUUAACUGUUUGGUCUCCAGCUGGACUUCGUGGAGUGAGCCUAACGAAUAUGGCCAACGAAUUAGAACAUGUACAAUUCUACGCAUGCCUUCAGGAGGAGGAUUUCCGUGUCCACAUAUAAGAGAAGUUAAAGGUGUGAAACCAAGUUUUACUUUGAUAUUGCAAGAAUUUACAUUGAGCUUUGUUGAGGACUACGAUCCCAUUUCUGAUGACCAAAUUGCAAAAGUUAGGGACAUAGUUUUCAUUUUAGAUAGCUCAGGAAGUAUUGGACUGACAAAAUUCAACAAAGCAAAGGCAGAUGCUAAGUCACUUUUUGGCACUCUGUGUCCGUUUGAUAAGACAUUUGACAUGGACUAUAACAAUCCCUACCAGCAUCAACAACUGGCAAUGCUGACUUACUCGACCACGAUCGAAGAAAAUUUCUUCUUCAACACGUACAGCAAAACUGCAGACGUGCUACAAGCUAUUUCACAGGCUACAUAUCAAGGACUGAUGACAAAUACUGCUGGAGCAUUUAAAAAGGCUAGAAAUAUGUUCCAAACAAGUCGAGGAGCUCGUGAUUCUACAAAGGUUAAGAGAGAGGUGUUGAUUGUAACUGAUGGCCUGUCCAAUACAGGCGGAGAUGCUGUUGCUGCCGCUAAGGAACUUUCGAAAGUUGCCGAUGUGUACGGGCUAAUGAUUGGAAAAUUCUCCGCUGCUGGGAUGACAGAGCUUACAGAUUAUGUAUCAACACCUGCAUCCAAACACUUAUUUAAUUUGGAUGACUUUGAAAGCCUCACAUUGCUAGUGGAAGCUCUUGAAAUCAAUAAAAGACUCCACCCAGAUUGGUGUGCUAGCUUAGAUCAGGACUGAGAUAAAAUGUAACAUUGACUUAAACAAGAGAUUUCAUUAUAUUCAAAACUUAUUCUUUAGAAGCAACUUGAUAAAACAUGGAGGUAGUAAAAUCACGAGGGAAAGGAUAUAACCUACCUAAUCAGACAGAAGCCACUUUAUAUGCUAAACUGUCAUCGUUUUUCAUUUUAUAAAUUUAUAGUCGUUACCAAAUAUGGAAUUAUUACAAUUGAAUUAUGUUCAAUUCAAUUAUAUAUUGUAUUUUCAUCCCAUGUGUAUAUUUAGCAAUUUUCAAUCAAGUUUGAAACAAAUUAUGAAAAACCCAGCUUUCCAUUUAUUAUCUACAAUGCGUGGUAUGCUGCAAAAUAUUUUAUCGAUAUUAUUAUUGUAGUAUUGUUUCGGUUACCUCUAUUGGUAGUGGACGUAGGGCAGGUUGUAUAAAAAUGCUGAAAAAAGGCCGAAUCGCAUAAGAACUGAAAUGAGCCGUGCCAUGAGAAAACCAACAUAGUGGGUAUGCGACCAGCAUGGAUCCAGACCAGCCUGCGCAUCCGCGCAGUCUGGUCAGGCUCCAUGCUGUUCGCUUUUAAAGCCUAUUGGAAUUGGAGAAACUGUUAGCGAACAGCAUGGAUCCUGACCAGACUGCGCGGAUGCGCAGGCUGGUCUGGAUCCAUGCUGGUCGCAUACCCACUAUGUUGGUUUUCCUAUGGCGCGGCUCAAAUAUAGAACUCUUACAAUCUCUAAUAAAAUAUGUUUCGAAAUGUUGAAUAAUCAUGCAAAAUUCUGUAAAAUUUAAUUUUAUGUCAUCUAAUUUUCAGAAUAAAUUUCGUGUCGAGAAAAGAAAACGGUAUUUGAGAUAACCCAGACAAGAUUGUGAAUAUACUUUCCUUCAUUUCUGUUACAUCGUUUUUCAUUUUUGUUGCAAAUGGUACACUAAGUGAGCUUUUAUACAUACCAUGUUGUAUAUUACAUGUGCGAAUGUUGCUCUUAGGAAGUGCAGAUGCUGCUUUGACAAAUAUCAAAUUAAACCUACAUUGACGGCUCGGAUGCGAUAUCGUACUAUGGGUGAUACAGAUACAAACUAUAAUUCAAGUCGGUAGUACGUAAGAUUAGCUAGUACUUUUAAAACUAUGUUGUAUCGCUGCACUGUUUUCAAAAAGUUAUUUUUAUCGACUGAUAAUGGAACAUAAGAAUACGGUUAUGAUAUGUUUUCAAGCAAUUGUACAUUUUAUUUCUGAUUGAAAAUUAUAAGGUGUGAAUUAUGAUCAUCGGGAUUCGAAAUGUGGAUAAUAAAUUUAUGUUCUAUUCAGAUCUGUGAGACUGAUUAUGAUAUAUGAGAUUUUGUACUUUUAAUAUAUUUGUUUGUAAAUAGUGAAUGUGUGAGAUGGAUUUUGAUGAUGUUAUAAUAAUAAUAAUAAUAAUAAUAAAAGUAAUAAUAAAAUGAUAAUAAAUAAUGAUGGUAAAGUGCUGGUCGAGAAUCAGACCACUGUACCUUUGUGAUGACAUGAAAAUGGUCCAUUUAGCUCAAAUUUCGUUGAAAAUACAAUAUUUUUACAAUACGUUUCCAUUGCUAUUAGGAAAUCCUUAAACAUUGUAACGAAGAAGUAUACGUGAAUGUUAAUUCUUUAAAAUGUAUAAAAAGAAAGUAAUUACUGUAACAUUCUAUGUUUUAUUUCUCACUAAACUUUAAGAACCAGUCUGUCAAAGUUACGUAUCUGUGUUCCAUAAUAAAAGCGUGUGUAUAAUCGA